AUAUGACGACAUGACAUGACAUGCUGAGCCUACAUAUAUUCAGCGCUGCGAUGUUUUUUUUUUUUUGGUGCCCGACAAAUAUCUUCACAUUCAAUCGAAUCCUCUUGCUCUCCGAUGCCAAUCCGAGCGUAAAGUGCCAAUGUGUCGCCCUGUCAAAGGAGAUUCAGUACUAUGACUUGGGUUACUAUUGCUUACUUCAAAUGCCAAAUUGCGCCACGCGGUCGAUUUCAGCGCUGCAGUUGUUCAAGAGCCGGUUGGACCGGUCAGACAGUGCAAAUCUCAGCAGCGGGACGUUGAAGUAGGCAGCCCGUGUGACGCUGUCAUAUAUUUGCAAAAAGCCGCUGGGACGUACACGUGUGUGUCUGUGUGUGCGUGUGUGUGUAUGUGUGUGUUGCAGUGGUUUCAGAUGGCACCCGGUGCUGACUAAUCAGGACCCUCACUUGCACCCGUGAUGGAAAUGGCACAUAUGGCCAAGGCUCACCUUGGCGUCCCGGAGGAGCACCGCAAGGAGUUGGUGGGCAUGAACGAGGAGACCUUUCUGAAGAAUCUCUACCUUUUCAUGAAGAGGCGAGAUACGCCCAUCGAGAGAAUCCCUCAUCUGGGCUUCAAACAAAUUGAUCUGUUUGUGAUGUUCAAGACGGUCAGAGACUUGGGGGGUUACCAUCAGGUGACGGCUCAGCAGCUUUGGAAGCAGGUCUACAACUCGCUGGGAGGAAACCCUCGCAGCACAAGCGCUGCCACCUGCACCCGCCGCCAUUACGAGAAGCUGUUGCUGGCGUACGAGUGCCACCUGAAGGGAAUGCCGAUGAACGUGGUGUCGCCACAUGUGGCGGAGCACUACCGCUAUCAUGGCUACGGCCCGGAGGACAUGGACAGUCCUAGACAAGUCAAACGCAUGAUGAUGUCAAUGCCGCUGCACCACCAGAACCAUCCCAACGUUCAGCUGGGCCUUCAUCGCAGCGUAUUUCCUCUCCCAGUCCAACCCCCCCGCUACUAUCCCUCAAGCCACACCAUUCUGCCGCCUUAUGCCCCCAUUUCCGCUUCCAUGACGACGUCACACAGCCCCCAGACAGCUCCCUCACCCAAAUUCACCUACCCGCCGUGUGGUCCCGCCCCGACCGAACGUGUGAGGCCUCUGGAGCACUUGCGCUUCCUGGCCGAGCAAUACAAGUAUUCUUCGGGACUGAGUGAGCCUCUCAACCUGAGCAUUAAAGAGGAGAGUCAGAGGAUGGACAGGAACCCCAAAUCAUCAUUCUCCCCACCCUCGGUCAGCAAGAACCCAAAGUUUUUGAACACGCCCUCCUCGCUGUACACGCGGCUGUACUCGCAGGCAGCGAGUAAGAACGGAAGUAAGAAGCUGGAUGAGGCGGCCAUAAUCAGAGCGAUGUCGGACCUCGCCAAGGCCAGGGAGGACUCCGUGGUUGACCUCACCUCUAGUAGUAGUCCGGAGUAUGACUCUGCCUUGACAAUGAGGACCGACAGCCAUACCUGUAUUACCAACCGGAGCCCGGCAGAGUACGGGAUUAAGAAAGAAGAGCAAGAGGAGGGUCCAGCAGUGACUAGGCUAAACCUCAACCACGCCCUACCCUGCUCACCUCCUGAAGACGAUGGCAAAAUGGAGAUCGAGAUCCCCCUGUCGGUGUUCCACAACUGGCUGCGGAUGUACGGCCCGCCGGGUACGACGCACGACGCCAAGCAGCUACCUCGCCUCUUACAGGAGGCGGCGCAAAGGAGCAAGGACACACCCCCGGGACAGUUGUCAUUUCACCCGAACGCCCACCAGCGGCGCGCCAGCAUCGAAGACCUCAGGGUACCUGGUAGAAAAGUGCCAACCCCAGGGUCCACCACCCAGACGUCCACCAUGUGCCACAUCCCCAGCCAGAAUCAUUUCACCGGCUACGCAGCACAAUCCCCUUCCAGCAGUGCUCCGAAACCCAGCACCGGUCUGGACGCUUCUCAGUUUUCCCAGCCAGAAGUGACAUCAUCAAGCGGCUCCAAGCCUCAGUCUUAUUGGGAGGCCACCGUCAAGGACAGGCAGCCGCCCCAGAGCCCCGGCCCGGUUCCGCACGACCUCCUGGUGACAACGAGCCGUCAGCGAGACGGCGAGCAGAGUUGGAAGGCGCCAGAGAUGAACUCGUCUUUGCUGAUGAUGAAUUCCAGCUCGGCAGCCCCCAUGUUGCAGCUCACCAGCGAGGAGGUGAUGAAGCUCAAGAAAAUCAUCUCCAGCUCUACGUGACACUCACGUGAAUGUAAAUGCAUGUAAAUAUAGUGUAAAUACAGUAUUGUAAGCUUCCAGUAAACUUCAGUGCCGCCUGGCUUGUUUGUACCAAGAUGGCUCUAAAUUCAGACUUGCCUGUAAAACUGUAAAAACCCAUUUAAAAAAAAAAAGAUUGCUUAAAAAGAGUAUGAAGAAUAAACCACAAAACAGGGGUUGACUUUAAAUACAUAAAAUGACAAAAGUAAAUACACUCACGAUUGUUUUUAUAGGUUUCUUUGUUAAGAACUAUUUGUUUAAAACACAUCACUGCAGCGGUGAAACAUCCUCAAAAGACGGGUUUGUGUGCCAUUUGUGUUCAGUGUGGUAACAUUCAAAUUAGUGAAUUGGUAAGUCAGUCAAGGUUUGAAUAAACACCAAUCAAAUAUCCAGA